GUUAUUACCUUGGUAUGUGCUUUGCUGCACCUGAAAAACAUCUUUGUUUUUUCUACCUGGCUUCAAAAGGGUGGAAAACUUUCUUCUUCUUCGCUGUUCUCUUUCCAGCAGUCACCAGUGCCCUGGCAUAUUACUGGUCACAGAAAGGUUGGAAUAAUCAUCCGUUAGCCCGAACACUAGCUGUCCAUGCUCUCCCGCAGUCAGGUUGGAGGGCAGUUGCUUCUUCCAUCAAUACAGAAUUUAGAAGAAUCGACAAAUUUGCUACUGGAGCCCCAGGAGCAAGGGUGAUUGUUACGGACACAUGGGUGAUUAAAGUGACCACCUACUGUUUACACGUUGCCCAGCAGCAGGACAUUCAUUUGACAGUGACAGACUCCAGACAGCAUGAACUCACGCCAGACUCAAAUAUGCCUGUGCAGUUCCUCACCAUCCGUGUUGCCAGUAUUAAUCCCUACGUGAAAGCAUUUGAUAUCCGGUUAAACUCCACAGAGUAUGGGGAGCUCCGAGAAAAACUCCGUGCUCCCAUCAGCAAUGCAGCUAAUGUUGUGAUCCAUCAAAGCCUUAGUGAUUUAUUUCUAGAAACCUUUACAUCUCUGGUGGAAAUAAACCAGUCAUAUCCUGUUCCAAGCACUCAGGAGCUGGAGCCGUGCAUAGGGUGUAUGCAGACUAUUGCUAACAUCAAGCUCAUCAAGAACUGCCAGGAGCCAAAUGAAGGGGAGUGCCAGCAGUGCUACUGUCGUCCCAUGUGGUGCCUCACCUGCAUGGGCAAAUGGUUUGCCAGCCGACAGGAUCAGCAGCACCCAGAGACCUGGCUGUCAAGUCAAGUGCCUUGUCCGACUUGCCGAGCCAAAUUUUGCAUUUUAGAUGUUUGCAUAAUACGAUGAAUAAUACUUGGGUAUGUUUUAACUUUUUUAAUUGGAAUGUAUUUCAUAGUGGGUUUGGCUAAAAGGCCUGUUAGAUUUGUUUAUGAGACUUCACAUUCUACAAGGGUGCAAACUCCAAAGCUUUCUUUUACAGUAUUGAAAACGGAUGUAUUUCAGUUCCUCUCCAUUUAUACCUGUAUCUUUGGGUUUUAUUCACCAGAUGUCAGUUUCUGGGGUUUUUUUAAACAUAUUUUGCUUUCUUAUAUCUUG